GGGGCCUCGCCGCGUGCUGGAGGAGUCGCGGUGCAUUGUGGAUCUCUCUCUCUUUUCGGCUCCAGCUCGGGACGCGGCAGGAUGGGCAAGUGUCGGGGACUGCGCACAGCCCGGAAACUCCGCAGCCACCGCCGUGACCAGAAGUGGCACGACAAGCAGUACAAGAAGGCACAUUUGGGCACGGCACUGAAGGCCAACCCCUUUGGGGGUGCAUCCCAUGCCAAGGGCAUUGUCCUUGAGAAAGUAGGUGUGGAGGCUAAACAGCCCAAUUCUGCCAUCAGGAAAUGUGUCAGAGUCCAGCUGAUCAAGAAUGGCAAGAAAAUAACAGCAUUUGUUCCCAAUGAUGGUUGCUUGAACUUUAUUGAGGAAAACGAUGAGGUUCUGGUUGCUGGCUUUGGUCGAAAGGGUCAUGCUGUUGGUGACAUUCCUGGAGUUCGCUUCAAGGUUGUCAAAGUAGCCAAUGUUUCCCUGCUAGCCUUGUACAAAGGCAAGAAGGAGAGACCAAGAUCCUAGAUUCCUGCUGUUUUAUCUGGGUUAACAAUAAACGUUUUCAUUUGAUAAA